AUGUCAAAUACUGGAGUUUUACCGUUUGUUCGAGGAAUUGAUUUCACACGUAACGAUUUCAGCGAUGGCCAGUUCCCUGAAACUGUUGGUCUUAUGACUGGGGUACAAUGGUUAAAAUUAGAUCGAACAAAUCUCAGUGAAAUCCCUGAGGAAAUGGGUAGACUAGUAAAAUUGGAGCAUCUAUCUUUGACGAGAAACAGUUUGGAAAAUCUAUAUGGAGAACUUACAGAGUUAAAUUGUUUAAGAACAUUAAAUGUGAGGCAUAACAAGUUGAAAACGUCUGGUCUUCCAGCAGAUUUAUUUAAAAUAGAAGAGUUGACAACUUUGGAUUUAAGUCAUAAUAAUCUAAAAGAAAUUCCUCCAGGAUUAGAAAAAGCCAGAGGGCUACUAGUUUUAAAUAUUAGUCAUAAUCACAUUGAAACAAUUCCUAGUCAACUUUUCAUAAACAUAACAGAUUUAUUAUUCUUAGAUUUAAGCUAUAACAAACUAGAAACACUUCCUCCUCAAACAAGAAGAUUAGCCAAUUUAGAAACAUUAAUUUUAAAUAAUAAUCCCUUGGGCUUGUUUCAACUUCGACAACUUCCAUCGUUAAUGAAUUUAGAAACUUUACACAUGAGAAAUACACAAAGAACAUUGGGAAAUAUUCCAAGCAAUUUAGACAGUUUAACAAAUUUAUCUGAUUUAGAUUUAUCCCAAAAUGAUUUGCCUAAAAUUCCUGAAGCAGUAUAUUCACUAAUUAAUUUAAAAAGGUUAAACUUAAGUGAUAAUCAAAUUACAGAACUAUCUUCAGCUGUAGAAAAUCUACAAAAAUUAAAAACGUUGAAUUUGUGUAGAAAUCAAUUAACGGCUUUACCAGCAUCCAUUUGCAAAAUUUCUACCUUAAAACACCUUUACGUUAAUGACAACGAAUUAGAUUUUGAAGGGAUUCCAUCCGGUAUUGGAAAAUUAGGCUCUCUUGAAAUUUUUUCUGCAUCGAAUAAUCACAUCGAAAUGAUUCCAGAGGGACUUUGUCGUUGUGGUUCUUUAAAAAAAUUAAUUUUAAAUUCAAAUAGACUGAUUACGUUGCCUGAUGCUAUUCACCUCUUAAGUGACCUUGAAAACUUAGAUUUAAGAGAUAAUCCAGAUUUAGUAAUGCCGCCAAAGCCGUUUGAAACUCAAAAAGGUUCUGGAGUAGAAUUUUACAAUAUAGAUUUCUCUUUACAAAAUCAACUUCGCUUAGCAGGAGCUAGCGUACCUACUCCAGUAUCAUCAGCAAAUGCCAUUAAAGAUCCUAUUGCUCGGAAAUUGCGUUUAAGACGAGGAAGAAGAGAUCAAGAAGAAGCAGAUCAAGAUCAGGCUAAAAUUUUAAAAGGAAUGAAAGACAUUGCUCGCAACAAACAAAAAUCAUUAGAAGAAGUCAAAGCAGAAUCUAUAAAAGCAAAAAGGUGGGAUGAAGCAUUGGAAAAGCCAUCCUUGGAUUAUUCAGAAAUAUUCGAUGAAGAAGAUGGUCAAAUCCCAGGACUCACCAUUUGGGAAAUAGAAAAUUUUUUACCUAAUCGUAUCGAUGAAGUUGCUCAUGGUAAAUUUUACGAAGGUGAUUGCUACGUUGUGCUCAAGACGUUUGUCAACGAAUUUCCAGCUUUGGAUUGGAAAAUUUACUUUUGGAUCGGAGAAAAAGCUAGUCUUGAUAAAAGAGCGUGUGCAGCAAUACAUGCUGUCAAUUUGAGAAAUUUUCUGGGAGCUCAAUGUAGGACAAUAAGGGAAGAGCAAGGAGACGAAUCUGAAGAAUUUCUCGGGCUGUUUGAUUCAGACAUCACAUAUAUUGAAGGUGGAAGAACUUGUAGUGGUUUUUUUACGGUUGAGGAUAUGCAGUACGUAACUAGAUUCUACAGAGUUAUACCCACCGGAAAUUCUGUUCAUUUGGAGCCAGUUGAAGUUAGUUAUACGUCACUAGAUCCCCGAUUUGUUUUUAUUUUGGACAACGGCUUGAGUAUUUACUUGUGGUAUGGUAAAAAAGCAAAAAAUACAAUGAAAUCUAAAGCUAGAUUAUUAGCUGAAAAAAUUAAUAAAAACGAAAGGAAGAACAAAGCUGAAAUCAUUCAAGAAAAUUCCGAAGAAGAAAGUGAAGAAUUUUGGACAUUGUUGGGUUGCGCAGAAGGAAAACAACCUUUAGAACCACCUGCGGAACAUGUCGAUAUUAAUUAUGUUCCAUUCGUUCCACGACUCUAUCAAGUUCUCCUGGGAAUGGGUUAUUUGGAACUGCCACAAGUAGAAGUUCCGGGCCAAAAACUAGUCCACACACUUUUAAACAGCAAACACGUGUACAUACUUGAUUGUUGGUCUGAUGUAUUUGUUUGGUUUGGUAAAAAAUCAACUCGUCUUGUUCGAGCAGCUGCGGUUAAGCUUUGUCAAGAACUGUAUUCCAUGAUGGCCAGGCCUUCUCAUGCAAUGGUAACAAGAUUGCAAGAGGGAACCGAAUCACAAGUUUUUAAACUCAAGUUCAUAGGUUGGAAUGAAGUUAUUGCGGUAGAUUUUACAAGAACGGCUAGUUCUGUACGGAAAACGGGUGCCGAUUUGGCCAAGUGGGCGAAAAAUCAAGAAACCAAAGCAGAUUUAGCAGCUUUAUUUACGCCCAGACAACCUGCAAUGCCUCCUUCUGAAGCCCAACAAUUAAUGGAAGAAUGGAAUGAAGAUUUAGAAGUUAUGGAACCAUUCGUGUUGGAGGGUAAAAAAUUUCAAAAACUACCCGAAGAAGAAUUGGGACAAUUUUACAGCAAAGAUUGUUAUGUUUUUCUCUGUCGCUACUGGGUUCCCCCGGAAAGUCCCGAUGAAGAUUUAACCACGGAUGAUGAUUUUCAAUGCGUUGUUUACUUUUGGCAGGGAAGGGAGGCAUCUAAUAUGGGAUGGUUGACUUUUACAUUUAGUUUGCAAAAAAAAUUUAAAGCUUUAUUUGGUGAUAAGUUAGAGGUUGUGAGAACUCAUCAGCAACAGGAAAAUUUGAAAUUUAUGGCUCAUUUCAAGAAGCAUUUUAUAAUUCAUCAAGGAAAAAGAAAAGAGAAGACGGAUCAAAAUCCAGUUGAAUUUUAUCAUUUGCGAUCAAACGGCUCUGCUUUGUGUACGAGACUUAUACAAAUCAAACCCGACGCCUCAUUUCUUAAUUCAGCAUUUUGCUACAUUUUAAAAGUGCCGUUUAAUCAAGAAGAUAAUCCCGACGCUGGCAUCGUCUACGUAUGGAUCGGUUCCAAAGCGAGCCCGGAAGAUGUACAUCUCAUUGAAGAAAUAGCAGAAGAAAAAUUUAACAGUCCAUGGAGUAGUUGUCAGUACAUAAACGAAGGUGAAGAACCAGAGAAUUUCUUUUGGGUCGCAUUAGGAGGAAAAAAACAAUAUGAAACAAAUGCGGAUUUUAUGGAAUACACGAGAUUGUUCCGAUGUUCGAACGAAAAGGGUUAUUUUACGGUUUCCGAAAAAUGCACAGAUUUUUGUCAAGACGACCUUGCCGAUGAUGAUAUAAUGAUUUUGGACAACGGAGAACAAGUUUUUUUGUGGCUCGGAGCUAAAUGCAGUGAAGUCGAAAUAAAAUUAGCGUAUAAAUCAGCUCAAGUUUAUAUUCAGCAUAUGAGAGCCAAGCAACCGGAAAAACCUAGGAAAUUAUUUUUAACAUUGAAAAAUAAAGAAACAAAAAGAUUUACCAAAUGCUUUCACGGUUGGGGUUUACAUAAAAAGCCACCAGAAUGA